CGUUGCUCGAUUGCACCGAGCCCCAGCCCGACUCCGUGGCACCUGCCUGGAUCUGAAGAGAGAAACGUGAAAGUCGUUCGCUGCUUCCUCCCUAUAAGAUCCUGUCCCCCCCUCCUUUCCCAAGAUCUGUGUCUCGUCCCUCCCUUCCCCGUGUCUCACGCUCCAAGUCAUCGACACUCCGGCCCCCCUGCUCACCGACAAGACUUCCACAGAGACAGUUCUUCAGCCAUGGCCACCAACAACAACAAGGAGGGCGCUGGCAUCGUCCAGGAUGAGCAUCGCCACGGCUCCAUCAACCUCCCUGCCGCCCAGGAUAUCAACGGCGUCGAGGCCCCCGUCACCUGGAAGGCCUACCUCAUGUGCGCCUUCGCCUCGUUCGGUGGUAUCUUCUUCGGUUACGACUCUGGUUACAUCAACGGUGUCAACGGCGCCAAGAUCUUCGUCGAGGCCGUCGAGGGCCCCGGCGCCACGGAGCUGAGCUACAGCCACCUGACCCUCAUCACCUCCAUCCUCUCCGUUGGUACCUUCUUCGGUGCCGUCAUUGCUGGUGAUGUCGCCGAGUGGAUCGGCCGCAAGUGGACUGUCAUCCUCGGCUGCUUCAUCUACAUGAUCGGUGUUGUUGUCCAGAUGAUCACUAGCCCCGACCAAGCCCUCGGUCCCAUUGUCGCCGGUCGUCUCAUUGCCGGUCUUGGUGUCGGUUUCGAGUCCGCCAUUGUCAUCCUGUACAUGUCUGAGAUUUGCCCCCGCAAGGUCCGUGGUGCCCUCGUGGCCGGUUACCAAUUCUGCAUCACCAUCGGUAUCAUGUUGGCCUCCAUUGUCGUCUAUGGCACCCAGGACCGCACCGACACUGGCUCCUACCGCAUCCCCAUCGCCAUCCAGUUCCCCUGGGCCCUCAUCCUCGGCGGAGGUCUCCUCUUCCUCCCCGACUCCCCUCGCUACUUUGUCAAGAAGGGCAAGAUUGCCAAGGCCAAGAACUCGCUCGCUCGCGUCCGUGGCCAGCCCGAGGACUCCAUCUACGUCCAGAGUGAGCUUUCGGAGAUUAUCGCCAACGAGGAGUACGAGCGUGCUCUGAUCCCCUCGACUACCUGGUUCGGCUCCUGGGCCAACUGCUUCAAGGGCAGCAUCUUCUCCCCCAACUCCAACCUGCGCCGCACCGUCCUCGGUACCUCUCUCCAGAUGAUGCAGCAGUGGACUGGUGUCAACUUCAUCUUCUACUACUCGACUCCCUUCCUCAAGUCGACGGGCGCCAUUUCGGACACCUUCCUCAUCUCCAUGAUCUUCACCAUUGUCAACGUCUGCUCCACCCCCCUGUCCUUUUGGACCGUCGAGCGCUUCGGUCGCCGCACCAUCCUCAUUUGCGGCGCCUUUGGUAUGCUCAUCUGCCAGUUCCUCGUCGCCAUCAUCGGUGUCACUGUUGGCUUCAACAAGACCCACCCUUCGCCCACUGACCCGACCGAGUCGCUCGCCAACAACAUCCCUGCCGUCAACGCCCAGAUCGCCUUCAUCGCCAUCUUCAUCUUCUUCUUCGCCUCCACCUGGGGUCCUGGUGCCUGGAUCGUCAUCGGCGAGAUCUUCCCUCUGCCCAUCCGCUCGCGUGGUGUUGCCCUGUCCACCGCCUCCAACUGGCUCUGGAACACCAUCAUCGCCAUCAUCACCCCCUACAUGGUCCACGAGGACAAGGGCAACAUGAAGUCGUCCGUCUUCUUCGUCUGGGGCGGUCUCUGCACGGCUGCCUUUGUCUACUCCUACUUCCUCAUCCCCGAGACCAAGGGCCUCACCCUCGAGCAGGUCGACAAGAUGAUGGAGGAGACCACCCCCCGCACCUCGGCCAAGUGGAAGCCCACCACCACCUUUGCCUCGCAGGUUGGCACCAAGGACGGCUUCCUCGACCCCAACGUCGUCGGCGACGUCGAGCGCCGCGGCUCUGCCGUCUAAAUCUAGUUCACUCUGUUCCUGGCAGAUGGAUCUACCCUACCAUAUACUCUAUUUAAAUACCCGGUGUUUGAUAUUCCUGCCCAACGCGGAAUUCGCAUAUAGUAAUCGCUUGAGUAGCUGAAUGCAAGUUUAUACUUUUCAUGUACUCUUCGCUCCUUGAUGCAGCAGUGAUUCCCUUGUACUGACAGCUGUUGAUGAGUCGAUAAUCGACCCACUGGUGAGUGGCCCCAGGGCCCAGGCCAGCCCCGGCCAGCCUCCACGAGAUGUGGAUCCCAUCUUAUCAGAUCAUCUGAUUAAAAUGCGCAUCUCCGCUUCCAUCUCAGCCUCACUUUGAUUUUGUGCCUGAUUUAUCUCUCGUGUUUCCUUUUCGCUCAUCGCCCGCCAUGCGUUUCUCUGUGAUAUUGGCGCUUCUCUUCAGCGCCACGGA